AUUUCGCGCGGGCGCUACCGGGCGCGAUUUUGGGGGGAACCGCCAAGAGACCCGGGGUCACUGAACUCGACGCAGAUGGUUUACUGAUGGGCGUCUUAAAGCCGGGGUCCGUACGGACCCCGGUGCAAGACGUCUGUGGGGUUGUCCCUCCAAGGAGGGAGGGGGAAGGGGGCGAUGUGCGCAGGGCGGGGCAACGGGCGGUUGGCACGCGGGGAUGCGCGGCAUGCGAGAAGGCCGGCGAAAGUGGAGAGCAGGGCGAGAACGGAACAGCAGAAAGCAGGACUUGAAGUGCGACGCAGGAUCAGCAGGCAAGUAGGUUGGGCCGGAGGUGGCGCCGGAUGUGCGCAGCUGUUGCGCCGAGUUGGGUGCAGGAUGUUGUGUGGCAGGAGUUGCAGAAGGGACUUGCCAAAGGAUGUCGCAAAUGCGAUGCAGGGAAGAUAGACGCGUCCUCGCUGGCGCAACGGCGCAAUAAUGCCAUGCCCAGGAACGCGCGAGGUGCAUCGCCGGGAUUUGCAGCUCUGCCAUGUGUAGCAGUGCCUCGUAUAUGUCAAAGUCAUUUAGGCGCGGCCCGCGAGGCCUAUGGCGUUGCUACAGCGGGGAGCGACCAGCGUUAUGGAGCGACUUGAAGCACCUGUGCUCGAAUGGUACUCGACAAGCGCUGAACUGAGCAUUGUGAACAUUUAGCCGCAUUUCAUGUAUUUGCAGUGACACUACCGUGCGCGCGACGACAUGCAUUCACGUCGUUUUUCCUCAGGGGCGCCGUUUCGCGGGCUGUCUCUGCUCGCAUCGGCCUUUUGCAUUAUGAGGAAUAUUAUGGAAAUGCGCGCGGGCGCUACAGGGCGAGAUUUCGGGGGGAACCGCCAAGUGACCCGGGGUCACUGAACUGGGUGCAGAUGGUUUACUGAUGGGCGUCUUAAAGCCGGGGUCCGUACGGACCCCGGUGCAAGACGUCUGUGGGGAUGUCCCUCCAAGGAGGGAGGGGGAGGGGGUCGAUGUGAGCAGGGCGGGCAACGGGCGGUUGGCACGCCGGGAUGCGCGGCAGGCGAGAAGGCAGGCGGGAGUGGCAGGCCGAGAACGGAACAGCACGAAGCAAGACUUGGAGGGCACAGCAGGAUCAGCAGGCAAGGAAAUAGGGCCCCGGGACCGGAGGUGGCGCCGGUUGUGCGGAGCUGUUGCGCCGAGUGGGCUGCAGGAGUUUGUGUGGUAGCACAUGCUGAAGGGAGUUGUCAUAGCAUGUCGCAAAUGCUGCGCAGGUCUUGGAAAACAUACGAGUCCUCGCUGGCGCAACGGCGCAAUAAUGCCAUGCCCAGAAACGCGCGAGGUGCGUUGCACGGAUUUGCACCUGUGACUCUGGUCAAAUAGCGUCUGCAAUACGCCAAAGUCAUUUAGGCGCGGCCCGCGAGGCCUAUGGCGUUGCCACAGUGGGGAGCGACCUGUGUUAUAGAGCGACUUGAAGCAGCUGUGCUCGUUAUCGUGCACGAAUUGUUGUUAUAACGUGUGCAUGUACUUAAAGAUAUUGUGAAGUAUAUCGCAGUGUCUAUGGCGCCGCGGCAAGGAAAUGCGAUGUGGCGUUACUGAGGGCGCGAUGAAGGCAGGUUCAGCUCGUUAGCCCCCCGACAAGAGCUGAACUGAGCAUUAUGAACAAUUCGCCGCAUUUGAAGUAUUUGCAGUGACACUACGGUUCGCGCGACGACAUGCAUUCAAGUCGUUUUUCCUGAGGGGCGCCGUUUCGCGGGGUCUCUGUGCGGCUGUGAGUCUUUUGCUCUGCGAUAUAUAAGUUGUAGUCCGUACGGACCCCGGUGCAAGACGUCUGUGGGGAUGUCCCUCCAAGGAGGGAGGGGGAGGGGGUCGAUGUGAGCAUGGCGGGCAACGGGCGGUUGGCACGCCGGGAUGCGCGGCAGGCGAGAAGGCAGGCGGGAGUGGAGGGCAAGGCCGAGAACGGAACAGAAUAAUGCAAGAGUUGAAGUGUAAAGCACGAGCAGCAGGCAAGUAAGUCUGGCCCAGCAGGGCUGGAGGUGGCGCCGGUUGUACGCAGCUGUUGCGCCGAGUUGGCUGCAGGAUUUUGUGUGGUCGAACUUGCAGAAGGGAGUUGUCAGAGCAUGUCGGAAAAGUUGUGCAGGGAACCUUGCGCGUUCCUGGGCAACGGCGCAACAAUGCCAUGCCCAGGAACGCGCAAGGUGCAUCGCACGGAUUUGGAGCUCUGCCAUGUCAAGCAGUGCCUCAUAUAUGUCAAAGUCAUUUAGGCGCGGCCCGCGAGGCCUAUGGCGUUGCCACAGCGGGGAGCGACCUGCGUUAGGGAGCGACUUGAAGCAGCUGUGCUCGUUAUCGUGCACGAAUUGUUGUUAUAACGUUUGUAUGUACUUAAAGACAUUGUGAAUUAUAUCACGGUGUCUAUGGCGCCGCGGCAAGAAAAUGCGAUGUGGCGUUACUGAGGGCGCGAUGAAGGCAGGUUCAGCUCGUUAGCCCCCGACAAGAGCUGAACUGAGCGUUAUGAACAUUUUGCCGCAUCGUAAGCAUUUGCAGGGACACUACGUUGUGCGCGACGACAUGCAUUUUAGUCGUCUUUCCUGAGGGGCGCCGUUUCGCGGGCUCUCUGUGCGGCUGUGAGCCUUUAGCUCUGCGAUAUAUAAGUUGCAAUUCCUCGCGGGGCGAAAGGCGCGGGAUUCAGGCGCCAACUUUGUUGGGACCCUGGGUCAUGUUACCUGCCGCAACGGUCUUAGGAUCUUAGGAUUGGGUACAGAUGGUUUACUGAUGGGCGUCUUAACGAUUUCAUUGGAUAGCGUGAAAAGCAAUCGGGGCACAUCCUCGGGUUGAGGGAUUUCGAUGGAUGGAAUCCCGGACCUGUCAAAGUCACCGCCUAAGUGCAGAAACGGUAUGACAAGACAAAUCUCGAUGA